GGGCAGUGUUGGGACAAUCCUGAUAGACACAGGACUGCUACCAUCGCAGUGUGUGUGUGUGCGCAUUGUGCACACGCAUAGGAUGUGGAGACUUCUCCAGUCUUCCAAACUAGCUUGUACCUUCCUUGGUUGGCUAGGAGGGGCCAGAUGUUGCCAGAAACCCAGUACUGCAGAUUUAUUUACUUACUUACUUAUUUACUUAACUUUUUGGUAGAGAGUAAUGUUAGAAAGAAAAAAAAAAAGAGUAGAGAGUGUACAUGGACUGUCACAAGACUGUCACAAUCCCAGCACUUGGAAGGCUAUGGGAGGAGGAUCAUUAGUUCAAGACCAGGCUUGGGCUACACAGUCUUGUUCCAGGACAGUCUUGGCAUGAGAGAGGAUGGAGAGGUGGGGAGAGGGUUGAGAGAAGCCUACUUGGUUGAAGGGUUAUUCGGCAUAGGAGGAGAUGGGUUGCAAUAAAAUGCUUGCUUUCACAUGUGUGCUGCUUCCUCACAGCCACUCUUGGCAACCCUGUGUUUUAGAGGAACUUGUCAGUUUCAGCUACAUCUGUUGGUUGCAUAACUGUUACUAAUCAUCCUAUUUUUUGUGAGGUUGGUAGCAAAUACCCCAACUUUUUUUUUUCUCUAAGAUUUAUUUAUGUCUAUGAGCACACUGUAGCUAUCUUCAGACACACCAGAUCCCAUCAUAGAUGGUUGUGAGCCACCAUGUGGUUGCUGGGAAUUGAACUCAGGCCUCUGGAGGAGCAGUCAGUGCUCUAACCGCUGAGCCAUCUCUCCAGCCCCCACCUUUUCUUAUUUUUCUCAUAUAGUGUCUGUUCCGCUCCUUCACUUCAACCUGUCUGACAUCAGCGGUAAGGUAUAUUUGCUUAGGAACAGCAGAGUCACCAGAACUUCAGAGUAUGCACUUGAGGUCCUAGGUUGAGUCCCUGGCGUACUUCCUCAAAAAGGCAGCCAUUUUCCUAAAUUACAGAACCUGCAGGAGAAUCAAUGGACCUGUCCUAGCAGGAACACCAAGUGAAAGCCACUCAGCCUGAAUUGGGAGGAUAUCAUACAACAGCUAGGUGGAGACAGGAAUGACAAUAAAGUAGCUAGAGACAGGGACGAGGAAGACCUGCUACUGGCUCUGGUUGUCGAGGCUGCAAUAAAGAAGAUCAAGGCGUAAGAACUGACUGUGCCUCUGAGUGAAUGAGCAGCCAGUUGGAGCAUGUGACCAGAGACAUGAAUUACGAAGCUGGGCCUGAGAGGGCCCCCGCAUCUCUUCAGACUCGCUGGCAAGUGCUUCAGCCUAGUGGAGUCCACGUACAAGUAUGAAUUCUGCCCUUUCCACAACGUGACCCAGCAUGAGCAGACCUUCCGUUGGAACGCCUACAGCGGGAUCCUUGGCAUCUGGCAUGAGUGGGAGAUCGUCAACAACACCUUCAAGGGCAUGUGGAUGACUGAUGGGGACUCCUGUCACUCCCGGAGCCGGCAGAGCAAGGUGGAGCUCACCUGUGGAAAGACCAACCGACUGGCCCACGUGUCUGAACCAAGCACCUGCGUCUAUGCAUUGACAUUUGAGACCCCUCUUGUCUGCCAUCCCCACUCUCUGUUAGUGUAUCCAACCCUGUCAGAGGCCCUGCAGCAGCGCUGGGACCAGGUGGAACAGGACCUGGCGGACGAGCUGAUCACACCGCAGGGCUAUGAGAAGUUGCUGAGGGCACUUUUUGAGGAUGCUGGCUACUUAAAGGUCCCAGGAGAAACCCACCCCACCCAGCUGGCAGGAGAUUCCAAGGGCCUGGGGCUUGAGACUCUGGACAUUUGCAGAAAGGCACACGCAGAGCUGUCACGGGAGGUACAAAGACUGACAAGUCUGCUCGAACAGCAUGGAAUCCCACACACUCAGCCCACAGGUCAGUCUGCCUGCCCUGGUAAGCUGCCAGCCACACUUGGGCCUGCAGCUCUGGGGCAGAUCUGUAUCAAUCUCUGUUGUUCUGGCAGAAACCACCCACUCUCAGCUCCUGGGUCAGCAGCUCCCGGUAGGUGAAAUCUCAGAGCAGUUGCGGGGCGACCCAGGACUACGAGGGAACAUCCUGUGAGCCAGGCGGCCAUGAAGAACAGAAAUGUUCUGAGCCUUGAGUGUCUUUUCAGAGAGAGGCCAAGUGUGGUCUCAGCAGAGUGCACCAAACUGGUGUGGUGUGGACAUGGCUUCUUUUGGCAUCUUCUAGGCCAGACAAUAUCACUGACAAGAGGGACCUGCUGGCCAGCCUUUGUUGUGCCCAAAGAUCCAGACAAAAUAAAGAUUCGAAGUUUUAAUUAA